CGCCGGCUCGUCUGUGUGCUGUUAUACGCGGCGUACGAGACAUCGUCGCACGCACACACACACACAAUACUGUAUAUUGAGGCGAUUUUGUUUCUUAAUUACUCAAUAACCUUAAACAUUAGCGACCUGUAAAUUUAAAUUUGAGUCAUUAAAAAGGUCACCUUUUGAUAGGUAUGAUUUUUUUUUCUUAAUAAUCAUCUAUGAAGAUUUUUUUUCCGAGUGCGGGGCGACUGAACUAUCACUAUGAGUUGAUUAUACGGCCGGAGUGAAAAAAUAUAUAAUUUUUUCGUGAGCCCCGAAGAUUCGUCAAUGCGUCAGUCACGAUCGGACCGCUUUAACGUUAACAGCUCAGUUUACGUCGCGUUCCCGACUUGUGCACAACCCAUAGUACAAAGUUAACGUACAAAUUUUUCCCAGCAGUGAGGUGCGAGAAACAGUGACAGUGCCUUGAAAGUGCAGUGACAAAAAACAAACGGAACGUAGUGGCUAACGAUUUAUUAAUUGUGAUCCACAUCUUUUUUGUGUUAUAUUAUUAAGUUCUACAACCAAACAGUAUACGGGAACAAGUGAAAUAAUUAAUUGUUACAAUAUAUACAGUGCCUUAUAUAGAAGUUUCGAAACAGAAAAAGGAGAAACACACAGCAACCACGGAAGCAAAAUGCGAGACAAUUUGUUGUUGUUCAAAAAAUUAAUAGCGGAAAUUAAUUUUGCGAAAAGAAAUCUCACUUCACCGCUCGGCCGGAAUAUAUACAUUAGUUAAAAAAGACUGGUGCUCAUACAACCAAGUUGACUAAAAAUCGGGUGCCAUAAAAUUUUCUAAAAAUCUUAUGGUCGCAAACACAACCCGAGGAAUAGUUGCCUUACCGACAUAGUCGAAAUAAACACAUCCGUUAAAAGAAAAAUACAAAAAAGAUAACACCAAAACAUACAGUGAUAUUAGCGAUAAUGCGAAUCGGAUUCGCGAAAAGGAACCAUUUCAUAACUUAAAAAACAAAAAAAAAAACAAAACAAACUUUUUAAAAGGAAAUCUUAAAAACAUUUUUAAAAUUGGAACUAUGAAUAACAGUCAAUUCCAUGAGUUGUUCGGUUCGCAAUGGCCGCCUGAUCAGCAUGGCGGCCAUUCCUCCGCUUCGACGAUGCUGCACCAGAACCACCAGACCCAGGGUAUGCCCCAAGGUAUGCAGUUGAAGAGGGAACCUGAGGUCCAGGGUGUGAUGCACAACCAGAUGGGCAUGGACAUCACUUCGGGAUCGGUUGCUGAUAGCACUUCUCCACCACCUGGUAGCAGUGAAGGGAUGUUUGGGUCCUCAAUAUCCGGCAUGUUUAUGGACAAGAAAGCAGUCAACUCUAUCAGAGCUCAAAUCGAGAUUAUACCAUGCAAAGUCUGCGGUGACAAGUCAUCGGGGGUACACUAUGGCGUGAUAACCUGCGAAGGAUGCAAGGGUUUCUUCAGACGGUCACAGAGUACAGUGGUCAACUACCAAUGUCCCCGCAACAAGGCCUGCGUGGUGGACCGGGUCAACAGAAACAGGUGCCAAUAUUGUCGCCUGCAGAAAUGUCUCAAGCUCGGCAUGAGUCGUGAUGCUGUUAAAUUCGGUCGGAUGUCCAAGAAACAGCGGGAGAAGGUAGAAGACGAGGUGCGGUACCACCGAGCACAAAUGAGAGCGCAGACAGACGCAGCACCAGACUCAGUAUACGACGCCCAACAGCAAACACCGAGUUCCAGCGAUCAAUUCCACGGCCAUUACAAUGGCUCGUCUUGCAGACUAAACGACAGCCAGACAUUUAUCAUUGAAAAGAUAACAGAGAGAAAAAGGACCAAUAUUAAUAACUAUCCCGGUUACGGCUCGCCUCUCUCUUCGUACAGUUACAACAACGCCGGGCCGGCACUGACAUCAAACAUGGGCAUACAGCCGCAACCACCGCCACAGCAGCCUUACGACAUAUCCGGGGACUAUAAUGCAGAUUCCACGACGUACGAACCGAAGCAAACCGGCUUCUUGGACACAGACUUCAUUGGCCACGACGAACAACAACAGAAAGGCGCGAGCGCACGCUCCACUUCGACCAGCACUUCGACAACGGCAACGACCACAAUCCGACAAGCGACAGUGAACGAAAUGCCAAGACCUAGGAUACAGGAGUUCGACCGCUAUGACCAAGAGAGGAUACAGUCGCCAGCGACUAUAUCAAGCGGCGUGAUAAACAUAAAGCAGGAAAUCAAACCGGAGACUUCUAUGGGCGUAGACAAUUUAGUCGCCAGUUAUGUGGACUCGACGACGUUCUUGCACAGUCCAUCUAACUUGCAACACAGUCCAAUGGACAUACAAAACUCGGUACUAGUCAGCGGACAGAGUUCAGUGUCUCUUACGAGCGAAGAACUGAGCCCGGACGAUUUGACGUCGAGCAGUGGACACGGGAGACUUAUGGACCCACUCAAUAUGAACAUGUCUGGGAUGGGAAUGGUGAAUCCUAAUGCAGUCACGAAUCGAAGACACCAGGGCUCGAGUCACAGUGGCUCCAGUGACGAGUUGCCGUCGGAGGGAGACAUCAGCAAGGUGCUGGUGAAGAGUCUGGCCGAGGCGCACGCGAACACAAACCCCAAGCUGGAGUACAUACACGAGAUGUUCCGGAAACCACCAGACGUCUCCAAACUUCUGUUCUACAACUCGAUGACGUACGAAGAGAUGUGGUUAGACUGCGCCGACAAACUCACAGGGAUGAUCCAGAACAUCAUUGAGUUCGCUAAACUCAUUCCAGGAUUCAUGAAGCUAUCACAAGACGAUCAGAUUCUACUGCUCAAGUCAGGUUCAUUCGAGCUAGCUAUAGUGCGCCUGUCGAGGUUGAUCGACAUCAACAGGGAACAAGUAUUGUACGGCGACGUCGUUCUACCUAUAAGGGAAUGUGUGCACGCACGUGAUCCCCGUGACAUGGCCCUAGUAGUGGGCAUAUUCGACGCAGCGAAGACCAUAGCGCGACUCAAGCUUACUGAGACUGAACUGGCUCUAUACCAGAGCCUGGUGUUACUGUGGCCAGAACGGCAUGGCGUGCGCGGCAACCCGGAGAUCCAGUGCCUAUUCAACAUGUCGAUGGCGGCCAUGCGACACGAGGCGGAGCUCAACCACGCGCCGCUCAAGGGGGACGUCACCGUGCUCGACACGCUGCUCGCCAAGAUACCAACCUUCAGAGAGCUAUCCUUGAUGCAUCUAGAAGCGCUUUGCCGUUUCAAAGCUGCACACCCACACCACGUAUUUCCGGCGCUAUACAAGGAACUGUUCUCCUUAGACAGUGUUCUGGACUACACACACGGAUAGAAGGACCGGAAGAAGCGCGGGAUUUUUCAUAUAAAAAAAGGAAAAUAUAUUAAAAUAAAAAUCGGUCCGAUCUCAUUCCCACGACGAGGAAGGACGCACGCGUUUUUAUUUGUUUCGCAAAGACUUGACAGCUACGUAUUUUUAACCCCCCCCCCCCCUCCCCCCAUCCCCGUACCCCUAUGAUCCUCCCCUAGAGAGACCAUGGACAACCGCCGACGCAAUUGUUAACCUAUUUAUAAUUGUAUGUAUGUACUUUGAGACUGUUAUUAUGAUAUUUACGUAUAGGUACGUACGUACAAUAUUAAUAUUUAAAGAAUAAAAAAAGUGUUUAUUUAAUUUUUCAUAAUAUUAUGAAUGUGUCGCGAGUGUCCACGGUUUUUAGAUUUAUUUUUUUCAGAUUAUAUGUAUACCUUACGUGAAUGUAUUCUUUUCUUUCGUCAUAAACGGUUUUGAUUUAUCAUAACGAUUUUAGUGUUAUGGAAAUAAGACCUGAUUUUGUCGAUUGGACAUAUAAAUACAUGAGAAUUUUGUAUUACUGAUUGUCAUGUGUUUAUAAAACAUGGAUUCGUAACCUUAAUAUAAUUAUCAUAAAUGUAUCUAACUUUGAAGAGGAAAUAAUAAUUAUUAUAUAAAAUUAUAAUAAUAGAAAUAGAAUUUUUAUUAAGAAAAGUAAAGGAGUUAUAAUGAGGUAGCGAUUUUAAAAUAUCACAGUUUCGUUUAAGCGGAUCGUUAUAAAUAAGUCUUAUUAUUUUUUAACAUUAUUAUUAUUUUUAUAAAUUGUCGUAAUUUUGUUAUUUAUUACAAAUGAUUAUAUUAUUGAUGUUUUUUCAUUCAGUGUAGAUUUUUCGUAUUAGGUUGUUAAUAAUAAGGAGUAAACGAUACUGCCCGUAAAGUGUAUUUUUCCGUUAGAUCUUUUAUGUUUUUUUUCUGUUAAUUAAAAGCUAAAUAAAUAGUUAAUUAUACACCUAAUUAUGUCGUUCGAUGAUUUUUUCUUCGAUCAUCCAUUACAAGCAAACAUUACGUAAAACAAAACGAACUGAAGUCGGGAUGCGUCGAACAAAGUAAACAUUUCAAACGAACAUUUUGCAUCAUGUUUCAUUUAUUAUUUGACGAAAAUAAAUGAAAGUAACAAAUGAACUAAUUGACGGAACAAAAAUCGUUUUUGUACCUACUACUGUUCUCAGGCAGGCAAUUUUUAAUUAAUUUUACUUUGUUUUUUGUAUUUUUUUUAUUUUUCUCUCUCUCUCUGUCUUGUGUAUUGAAUAAAUUUUGAUCUCAUUUUUGCACAUUUCUUCGCUUUGGUGCCAUGUUCGAGAUAUAUAUUGCGGAUUUCUCGUUUUUAUUUUGCAUAAUAAUAAUAUUAUAUGUAAAAAUCAGAACACAGAAAGAGCAUAAUAAUUUUUGAUUGUUGUAUUAUUCAUAGUUAUCAAAACCAAGUACAUUAUACGUAAUAAAGUUUCUUUUUACAGCUUUUUGCGUUUUUAAUGAUGUAUUGUGAACUUAUACAUAUUACACUUAUUUUUUUUGGAAAUUUUAAUUUCGUUGACUGAAAAUUGCCUGCUGUAUUAAUUAGAAUUAUGAAUAACCGUAAAUUUUUCUAACACCUACGCUAAGUUUUGUCGGAUAGCCUUUACUAUAGACUGGUUUAUAUUAAUGUUAAAAAAGAAGUAUAAAUCUUAACUCGUAUUUUGUAAAUAGCUAUUAAUCGUAUGUAUUUUAUAUUAAAUAUCAUUAUAAGGUUCGAUGGGUUAUUUUUAAUUUUACAUUCUAUUGAAAUAAAACACAUUUUCCACUGUACAAUACGAGGUGAUCCUUGUGAGGUUAGGUGAAAAAUAUAGAUUUUUUUUCUUUACAUAUAUAUAAAUAUAUAUUAUAUAUUUUUUGUUAAAUAAAGCAAUCUGUUAUUGUCUAUAUGUCUUUUGUUUUAUUUUAUGUUAAUCAUUCCAUUGAUGUUUUUUUUCCUUUUCUUUAGUUUUUCAGAAAUUUCGAUGGUAUUGGACAGUUUUGUUCGCAAAGUAUAUUAAAAUAGGAUUAAUAAUUAUAUUAAUAGUGAGAAUCAUUAAUAGUAAUAAUAAAAUAUACGGGUGGUUCAAAUUAUCGUUUUAUAGUUAUCAUAUAACUAUAAUUCUUCCGUUUUCAGACAUUGUUUGUCCAAUAGCUGUGUUGUUAAAUAUAUUUUUAUUCACUAAGUCACUUAAAUUUAUUGUUUUUUUUUCAAAAUUUACACAUUAGUAGGCUUUUUUAGACACAACAUAAAUUAUUUAGCUUUAAUUAUGGACGAAGCCCGAUACACGAUUUUGAUUUAAGUAAUAACUCACAUUAGCACUUAAAUUCACAUUAUGAAAUUUGCUAAUACACAACUGGUGGUAAUAUUUGCAAAAAAAUGUAUUUUAGUUUUAUAAAAUGUAAAAGUUAGUAAUAAAUGAACUGUAUUUUAUGAUUUUCAUAAUGUACAAUCAAAUUAUUUUCCUUUUGAUUUACAAUAACAUAUAAUAUAUAUAAAUGACACUGCUUCUUAAACUGUCAUUUCGAAAAUUUUCACUACAUAGUUAUGCUUGUUUUGUCAAAAUUAAAUAUUGUUUUAAUAGAAAUAAGGGUUUGGGCAUUCCCCAUUGGGUAUUAAUUUAAAACAAUAAAAUUUAGAGCACUAAGACUGAAAAUCGGCUAAACAAAAUUAUUCAUGCCUUUUCCAGAGAUACGUAAGUCCCUCAUUACAUAAUAUGAUUUGGGUUCAUUUCUAAUAGAUUUUGUUUUAUACCACCACAGUUUAACUUGUCCACAGUAAAAAAUAAAAUAAAAAAUAUCUGACUUAAUAAUGAGUGAUUUAAAAUUGAAGUGAUGUUUUAUUAUUGACUACUCAUUAUGCAAUAAAUUUAAAAUAUAGCAAAACAACAUAAUCUAAUUACAUUGAAGUUUAUUGUUUGAAGAAACGUGUUUUUUUUUUCAAUUGGGUUCUGUAAAAUAAUGUUUUGUAAAUCGAGGAUUUAAUACAGUCAGUCAUUCUCCAGAAGUUCUACCAGGAGUAUUUUGUGAGGAUUGAAAAUAAGAUAUGGUUGUCAAAUUACCCAGAGCUUAAAACUUGCAAAAUCAAUGUUUACUUAUUAACAAUUAAUAAAUAUUUUAUAUAUUUUUCUGUACGUAUAUUUUUCCUCGGAUAUAAUUUCAAAUCAUACCGUAUUUUUAUAAAAAUGAACCCAAAUCAAAUUUGAAAACUUGACUUGACUUAAACUAUUAUUUUUACAAAUUGAAAAGAAAAUAAAUAAUAAUAUUUUCCAUUUAAUAAAGCCGUGUCCAUUCUAUUAGAGAUUUUAACGUAGACUUCUAUUGGUGCAGAGUAUGGUGAGUAUCUAACGAGAUGCGUUUGUCCCUUUCGCACGCGUACGAAAAGAGUAUAGUACGAUAGAGAUAGAUAUAGGGUACGUUUAAUUGCUGGGUAGUAUAUUAUGUAGGUAUUUCUAAAACUUUUGUACUAUGUUUUGCUAAAUUUUCACUAAAAAAAUUAAUAUAGAUUUGGACACGUAACAAUUAGUAAAUAUUAAAAAUUAUCAAAAAAAAAGUAUUUUGGAAAAGCAAGGUUGAUGGUAACGGGAAUAAUCGGUGAAUAAAAACCAGUAAAAAAUAAAUGAAAUUUGUGUAUUUGUAUGACUCUAUAACUUUGUUUAAUAUUUUUUUUUUUCAAAAUGACAAUUUAUUUCGUUAAUUUCGAAAGAGCUUCUAUAUUUCUAGGAUGCCGGAUUUACGGGUAUCAUGACUUAUAAAUAGCCAAAUAACAGAGGAUGGAAGGAAAAGAGUCAUUUAAAUUUUUGUAAACCUUGUUUUUGUAUGAGAUGAUUUAUAUCAAUAUAAUAUUAAUUUGUUAUUAAAAGUAUUGAAUAUUUUUACACAUUACCUGAUCAUAUUGUGGAGAUUGAACAAAUAUAAAGCAUAUAUAUUAUCUAAUGUAAAAAACAGAAUAUAUAAAAACAUAUUAGGUAUGUUCGGACCGAUUGAAUACGUAAUUAUUAAUGAAAAUUAUGUUUAAUUCUUUUUUAUAUAUUUUUUUAAUUUACGUGUAAUAUAGGUGCGAUGCGAUUGUAUGAAAAUACAAUUAUGAUUUAGUAUUUUUCUGUGAUCCGUAAUUUGUCUAAGUUACAUUUAAAAUAUAGCAAAAUGUUUAUAUAAUUGCAUUAAUUUGAUGAAUAAGUAAGAAUAAUAUCAAAAGGUUUUCAAUCGGUUUGCGCAUAAGCUUUGUUGAUUUAUGAACACAAUACAAAACAUUGUACCUUAUGUAGAUAAAAAUGGAGUUUGAUAACCAAUAGUGAAUAAAUGUUAUUGUUUUUAUUAUUCUCGAAUCACUUGCAAGGGGCCGUGUUUCAUUUGAAGUGUUCACCUUCAUUUGUUUUCCAUUUAUUUAUUUAUUUUUGAAUGCCUUUUUCCUAAAUUGCUGUUUUCCAUUAAAAUACACAGAAGGCUUUAAGUUUUGAGCUAUUAAUUGACUUGUUUUGAUUAUUAACGUCUACGUCAAAGUAAGUAUAUUUUUGUAUUUAAAAUGGGUAGUAACGCAGCAGGUAUAAUUUUCAAGUUUAAGCGUCAUAGCACACACGGCGCACUUACGGCACGCUGACCAUUGAUUGACGGCUAGACGGCACAGUUUGAUCAGUCAUAGAGAAGUUUUCACUCCGUUUUAGGAGACGGCACUUC